UAUAUGUACACUCGUUACUUUACAGUAAUUUGGCGUGUGUGGGAAUCUGUGUUUAUUGCAAUCUCUGUAGAGGGCCUGCUCACUGUAUGAUUGUAUUCGUUUUAAUACUGUUGCUCAGACAUCACGUCGUUGCUAAUGCGGGAAUAAUAAUAAUUAAAAAACAAACAAACAAAAAAAACUUUUACGGAUAGAGCUGUGGUAAUUCGUGCUGUGUGGAUAGUUCAUAGUGUUGCGCUGUCAUGUGAUUUAUUUAUUUAUGUGUUUAUUGUCAUCACAGUGAAGUAAAAUAGUAGAGAAUAGCUAAUUGAUUUGUCUUUUCCAAAAUGAGCCCGCCCUAAAUAAGUGGAUCACAUCGGUGUUUUCAUCUACUAACAGACAAAGGAUUCUGGCCGAUAUCUUUCAGGAGUUUUAAAAAAAAAAAACAUCUUUAAUCAGAUCUGUGCAUUUUGUACACCCCAUUCUCAUCUGUAACGCUAUUUCUGAAUCUGAAAAGCAGCAGGUGGUCAAUGAGUGACAUCGCUCCAAAACCUUCCAUGGGGUCCUUGAAAAUGAGUGGGAUAUGCAAGAUACAGCAGACUCAAGACCAUCUCCACAGCCCAACAUUCAAAGACUUCCUCUCCACAUCGCUGACAAUGGGAACGCAUGACCAAGCCAAGGACCCCUCCCAGUACAGCACUGUGGAAACACACCCUGCUUUAAAGAAUCAAGUCCAGAAACAAUGCAGCCUGCACAGCCCAGUCUCAGAUAAGGACAUGACCACCAAACAGGCUGUCAAUGGGAAAAAGCGCUCAAAAAACAAGGUCUCAUUUUUAGAUGGUAAUAAAGGGAAAGGUGAUGGUGCUGCUGAGGACAGAAAGAUGCAGUGCUUCUACAAUCAUGGUAUGAAAAUGUUUCCAAACGAGGAGAAGGACGGCCGAGUGGUGGGAGAGAUUGCUUUCCAGCUGGACAGGAGGAUCUUAGCUCUGGUGUUUCCGGGGACAACACGGCUGUAUGGAUACACCGUUUCAAACAUUCCUGAGAAGAUACAACAGAGAUCCCGAAACCCGGUCCCUGGAUCAGUGGCUCAGCAGACCAGCAGAGACAUGACGCAGCGCUACUGUGCACUGAUGUCCCAGCUGGAGAGGUUUGGGUACAACUGGGAGAUUCAUCCUGCAUUUUGUGAAUUUAUCAUCAACACGUAUGGCAUUCUGAAACAGAGGCCACAGGAGCAGCCCCAAGUGGCUUACAAUGAUCCUGUUGCCCUGAGGAAAGUCGCUAUAGAUACGGUCCCUGCUAAAUUCCUGCGGGACUCCAUGCUGAUUCUGAACUGCCUCUGUGAGCUCUCUAGGAGGGAUGGCAAGCCGCUGUUUACCUGGUGAACAUCUAAAACACUGUUUCACAUACUUCUUGAAAUGAUGCUCUUCAAUGAAUGUCAAGAUUUUUAUACAAGAACUAAACAAAUAUGAAUAAAAUA